UGGGCGGACGGGCCCGAGGCGAUGGCGGCGCCCCCGGGGCGGCGGGAGCGGCUGCGGGCGCUGCGGCGGGGGGGGUUACUGGGACUGGAGACGUUACUGGAUCUGCUGGUGGGACUGGCGGGGGGGCUACGGCACCGGUACCGGUACCGGGACACCGGGAACAACGGGAACGGGAGCGAGAGCGAGAGACACGUCCGGGAUUUUCUGAGCUGGGUGGAGCCGGUGGCUGCCCAGGUGCAGGAGCUGCAGUUGCAACGAAGUGACUUUGAGAUCUUGAAGGUGAUCGGGCGCGGGGCCUUCAGCGAGGUGGCUGUGGUGCGGAUGAAGGAGUCGGGGCAGAUCUACGCCAUGAAGAUCAUGAACAAGUGGGACAUGCUGCGGCGUGGAGAGGUGUCCUGUUUCCGGGAGGAGAGGGAGGUGCUGGCGCGGGGGGACCAGCGCUGGAUCACCCGCCUCCACUUCGCCUUCCAGGACCCCCAGUGCCUGUACCUGGUCAUGGAGUACUACGUGGGGGGGGACCUCCUGACCCUGCUCAGCAAAUUUGGGGACCGGUUGCCUCUUGCCAUGGCGCGCUUCUACCUGGCCGAGCUGGUGAUGGCCAUUGACUCCAUCCACCGCCUGGGCUACGUCCACCGGGACAUCAAACCCAACAACAUCCUCCUGGACCGCUGGGGCCACGUCCGGCUCGGGGACUUCGGCUCCUGCCUAAAGCUGGGGCCUGAUGGCACCGUGCGCUCCUCGGUGGCUGUGGGGACCCCCGACUACUUGUCCCCCGAGAUACUGCUGGCAGUGGAGGACCCCACCCGCUCCUACGGCCCCGAGUGUGACUGGUGGGCGCUGGGAGUACUGGCCUACGAGAUGUUCUUCGGGCAGCCGCCCUUCUUCGCUGAGUCCCUGCCCGAGACCUACUCCAAGAUCCUCCACUUCCAGGACCACCUGCACCUGCCGGACGACCCGCCCCCGGCGGCGGGAGGGGGCGCGGCCGCGGACGAAGGGGGCGUGGCCUCGGCGGCGGGGGCGUGCCCGCGGGUGCCGGCGGCGGCGCGGGCGCUGGUGCGGGGCCUGCUGUGCGCGCGGGAGGCGCGCCUGGGGCGGGGCGGGGCGCGCGACUUCCGGCGGCUGCCGCUGUUCGCGGGGCUGCGCUGGGCCGCGCCGCCCCCCCCCUUCGCCCCCGCCGGCGCCGCCGACACCUCCAACUUCGACGUGCUCGACGACUGCCUCAGCCAGACGGAACCCCUGGGGGAGCCGUGGGACCCCCCCCGAACUGGGGCUGCACCUCCCGUUUGUGGGGUACUCGUACGCCCGUGGAGACCCCAAGAAGGAGGAGGAGGAUGAAGAGGAAGAUGAGGAGUGGGACCAGGACAUGGCCAUGGAGCUGGAGGGGGACUGGGGGACCCCCCCGGAGAUGGGGACUCCCCCACCUGUGGGGACCUCCCCGGCCAUAGGGACCCCCCCAACCAUUGGGUGCCCCUCAACAACAGCCCCCCCCCCAGCUACAGGGGUCCCUCUGUCCCAGGGGACCCCCCCCACCCGUGGGGACCCCUGAACCCACAGACCCCCCCAAAAAGAGCCCCUCCCACCUUCAGGGGCACCCCCACCUAUGGGAGCACCCCCAAAAAAAGAGCCCCCCUCCCCCA